CAAGGGUCAGCACGGGAAACCCGACUGCCAACAUCCGGUCUCUUUUUUCCAAGAUGGGGCCAAAAGCUCGCAAAGAAGCUCUCCGCAAAACGGGCAAGAAGGGGCCGGCACAGGCCGAGCCUGCAGCCAAGGUAGAAGCCAGAGCCAAGCAAGAGGCCAAGUCCAAGGCUAAGGCUGAGGCACUCAAGGCCAAGAAGGCUGCCCUCCGUGGCAACAUCUCCACCCGUAAGAGGAAGGUCCGCAAGCAGGUCACCUUCAGACGACCCAAGACGCUCAAGACGCCCAGGAAGCCCAAAUACCCCCGCAAGAGCGUGCCCAGUCGGCCCAAGCUUGACCAGUUCACCAUCAUCAAGUACCCCCUGACCACAGAGAGCGCCAUGAAGAAGAUCGAGGAGAACAACACGUUAGUCUUCAUCACGGCACUCAAGGCCAACAAGUUUCAGAUCAAGACGGCUGUCAAGAAGCUGUACGACAUCGAUGUGGCCAAGGUCAACACACUCAUCAGACCUGAUGGGCAGAAGAAGGCGUACGUGAGACUGGCCCCAGACUACGAUGCCUUGGACAUUGCAAACAAGAUUGGCAUCAUCUAAACUUCUGGAACAUGACAGAAUCACUAAACUCGACAUGAGAAAUUGGAAGCCCCAACCUACUGUUCUUUAAAAGUACAAAAAAACACAUACAGAAAAUAAUUCAUAAAUUUUCCAUAGUUGUACAAUAAAUCCACUCACAAGCAGUGGAAAGGAAAAAAACAGAA